CCUACCUGUUAUUCAUAACUCAAUCCGACAGAUCUAGGAAUAAGCGCGUCAUCAUGUCGGGAAGCGAGCCAUUGCCUCGCGCACGAGCUCGUACCUUUGGUGUUGAGUUGGAAUUUAUAAUCUUGUGGUUAUGGGAUGAUGAGCCGGACCCAUAUCAAGAGUGGGCAAAUGAAUUACCUCCAAUCCUUAGAAUACCAAGGGAAAGCAGCAUUCCGCUCCCAAAGAGUCAUGUAGACGGGAUGGUCUACGACGCGAUUUGUGAUGUUCUAAACAGACACGGUAUACCGGCUCGACGAGACCCACCUCGAGCUUCCGAAUUCCGCGUCUGGAACGCCAAGUCGGACUCAAGUAUUUACCUUACAGAUGAGAAAGCUCGGUGGACCGCUGUCGAACUGGUGUCUCCCGUAGAGAGUGCUUCACCCGUGGCGUUCAAAGUAAUUUCCUAUGUCCUAAACUUAAUAGCGUCUACGUACCGGAUAAAAUUGAACAAAACUUGCGGGUUUCAUGUACACGUGGGUGAUGGGGAAGAGCGAAUGCCUCUGGAGGAUGUAAAGAGAGUCGCUUCUCUACUCUGGGCUGCCGAUCCCAUUAUCGCCACACUGCAUCCAUCGGAAAGGAGAACAAACCGCUACUCACAAAGCAUUCGCGAACGGAGUCCACUUGCUCAAGGGAGUAAAAUAGCGGAUGUAUUGUCGAAUGCUAACCACAGGGAAGAUGAUACGUGCCUUCUAUAUAUUGGACGUAGCAUGAGGCACGGGGAGCAGCCGAUAUCUUGGAGAUCAAUGAACCAGUUGCAGAAGCACAUCCAGGCCUUUAAAGACAAUCGUAGCAAGCUUGACUUUCAACCGUUUAUCUACGAUGACACCGAAAGGUCCUCAACAGGCAAGAUGGAUUCACCCACGGCAUACUCAGUCUCAGGACCAAAUGCAUCAGAGAUCCAGGCUCGCACCGAGAAGGCCACAAAAACCAUCAACGAUUCCGAAGUUAAACGCUCUAGCCACCCGUAUUCAUCUACGCUAAGGCGUCUCGGUCCGAGGUUUUUACUCCCCGAAAGACUGCCUGAUGAUGAAAGCAUGUCUACAAGACUCGACGCGAAGGCCGAGUCCGACAUCGGGGUUUUCGCCGGUGUAAGCGAGAUAUUUUCUUGUGAAAGCUCGUGCGUGAUAUCCCUACUGCUAGAGACCCGGCAGAGACCCAAUUAUAGCUUCUUUCGCUACAGGUGUAACGAUCUCAUGGAUCCUCCAUGGCGUGCCCCUACGAUCGAGUUUCGAGAAGCGGCGGGCACCACAUCUGGUCGAUGGGCGGAAGUGUGGGCCAGCAUCUGCGUGGGUCUCACGCAUUUCGCGAUCCACGCUCCGGUAGAUGUGUACCUCUCCGUGUUAUUUCAUCUUGACGAGGCCACUUCUGGCGAGGCUUCGUAUGAUGUGGUUGACUUAUUGGGCGAAGUUGGACUAUUUGCGGAAUCUGUGUUUGCAGAGAAGAGGUUAACGCAAUAUAAGGAUGAAUGGGGGUUAAAGUAUGAUUCCGAAGGGGAAAAUAAUUCACACUGAGUUAUUUUUUGAAUGAGGGUUAGACCAUAAUAUCGGUAAUCUUCAAGUAGAGGUUACCUUAGAUACCUCCUGAAUAUAAACAUUCUUGUAUUCUUAAACUAACGUAUAUCUCUUUUCCAUUGUCGUUCGUGGUGAACUAUGCUUUGACCAUCUGAAGAAAGCGGGUAAAGCCGGAAAGAAAACAAACGCAUUAACAGGUAUUUAAUAUGCAUAUCUUAUAAAGUCUAUGUUACAUCACCUGUAAUUUAUGUCCUCUUUGAAAGAGCCUUUCAUUCGUCGCAUGUAUGAUGCAUACUAGGUAGUAGGUAUAGCCGGAGGUAAUAUUCUUCCCUUCUCUAUUCA